AAAAGGAGCCAUAAAUCACAUUUCUAAAGGUUACAAUUAUCAUUUGAAUGUAAAUGAUCUGAUAUCUGCAUCACACAGAGUUGUAAAAAAAAAGGGUUAGAAUAACUAACUGGUCACAAGACUAAAGGGGGCGGGCAACAACAUGAUAACUUUGAAUAUAAAUAGAACGACGUGCAAGACUCCACUGUGGGUGAAAGGGUCGACGUGGUUCUCGCAGGACAACUAUCUGCUCUCAAUAUAAUAAAGUGCAUCCCUAAAUCUGCACCAGAUCAUCAGUAUGGAGACAUCCAGCACAACUGUCCUGCCUGUCUUUGGCCUGGGCUCCAUGGCACAGUCAGCUGGGCUAGUGGAGAUUGCCGUCAGGCUGUGUUUAAACCAACGUAAACAACUCUGUCCUCACGUUUGGGUGCCCAUCCUGAAGCCUCUGCGGUCCUGCAUCCGCCCCGCACUUUCAAAACACGUAUCCUCUGACAUCCUACAAGACUUCUCCACUCGGCUGCUCUCAAGUUCCUUUGAGGACUCGGAUGAUGAGGAUAUAUUGGCCCCAGUCAAGAACAAGCGCGUGGUUUUCGCCGACUCCAAAGGAUGGUCCUUGGCAGAGGUUCGAGUCUUCUCUAAUGAGGAGGAGCACGCCGACCUGGACCCGCUGCCAUCCCUGCAGGGUCUGUGGAGCAUGACGGAGGAUGGUUACAGCUGUACGGUCAGCACCUGCUGCCCAGGAACACAGCUCACACUCGGCUUCCCGCAGCCCUCUGCUAAUUUCCAGGCCUUCCGUGCCAAGCUCGCUGAGAGCAUGGUCACGCUGGAGAACUGCACGGUCACCGAGCAAGCCCUCAGAGGCACCGUCCGAGUCCGAAACGUCAGCUUUCAAAAAGAUGUGCGUGUGCGCAUCACUUUUGACUCAUGGCAAAGCUACAGAGAUGUGCCCUGCACGUACCUGCAGCAGCGCUUCGGAGGGCCGCACACAGACAUCUUCGAGUUUGACAUCGCCGUACCUAAAGUGCUCGAUGCAAAGAGGAAGAUAGAAUUCUGCUUAAGCUAUUCGCCAGGAGAACAUGGUGACACCUUUUGGGACAAUAACAAUGGACAGAACUACACGAUCGAUGUGUGCGUGAAGUCACAUCUUUGUCACAACAGAUAAAGAGGUGUAAGAGUUGGUUACUUUUCAAACAAAGUAGUUUUAUUGUAUGUGUUGUUUCACUGUGACUCUUAUCUUAUUUGAUUUAGUGAAUACCAAUUAGUGUCCUUUAAUUGCCACCAAUCUACAGAAUUAUUUAAGUCAACUCUCACUCGUUGUCCAUUCUUUGCCGCUGAGUAACAGUGCAGAGGGAUGCCUUUUGCUUUGGGCAUCUCUGGGAUUCCCAAGAAGGUCAGAGAUUACUAGGCAGGGACAAAUGUUAGGCUCGCAGCAACAUAGAAGCUAAUCUUAGCUCAGUGUAGUUUAGAUACACUGUUACUGAUUACUGGAGGCUUUGUGCUCCCAUUGUCACAUCUGCAACACCAUGGUAGCAGUACUUUAAUAACAAUAAAAAACAAACAUUUUCAGACAAACUACAGUGUAGCAAAGACAAAAUGAACAACAACAAGCCACAUCAUCUUUGUUUCUUCCAUUUCCAUGCAUGCGUAAUGCAAACAUCAAUCUGAAAUGAUACCACUGUUAGCACCAUGACAGACAGCCGAGGGUUAGAUAAUGCCAAGCGUUCAGCUGUUGACUCACCUGGCACAACUCAAAAAUUCAGAUUUUUUUUUUUUAUGACCACUACUCCUCAUAUUACUGAAGUAGAACUUUCAAAGUCCAACACAAUUUAUAGUUGACUUCAUAUUAUUAGUUGUAAAACUAAAAUAGAGUAAAAACUACAGUACUCACCCUUUUCAAGAUAAUGAUAGAGAGGAAAGCAGGGAAAUAUAUUAGUUAUUGCUGGGAUUAGUGUAUUUCAUUUUAAAGUAAAGUAUUAAAUUAAUGUACCGUAUUUUUCGGACUAUAAGUCGCAGUUUUUUUCAUAGUUUGGCCGGCGGUGCGACUUAUACUCAGGAGCGACUUAUGUGUGAAAUUGUUAACACAUUACCGUAAAAUAUCAAAUAAUAUUAUUAAGAUCAUUCACGUAAGAGACUAGACGUAUAAGAUUUUAUGGGAUUUAGCGAUUAGGAGUGACAGAUUGUUUGGUAAACAUAUAGCAUGUUCUAUAUGUUAUAGUUAUUUGAAUGACUCUUACCGUAAUAUGUUACGUUAACAUACCAGGCACGUUCUCAGUUGGUUAUUUAUGCCUCAUAUAACGUACACUUAUUCAGCCUGUUGUUCACUAUUCUUUAUUUAUUUUAAAUUGCCUUUCAAAUGUCUAUUCUUGGUGUUGGGUUUUAUCAAAUACAUUUCCCCAAAAAAUGCGACUUAUACUCCAGUGCGACUUAUACAUGUUUUUUUCCUUCUUUAUUAUGCAUUUUCGGCCGGUGCGACUUAUACUCCGGAGCGACUUAUACGCUGAAAAAUACGGUACGUGUUUGAGGUCUUUAGAGUUAGUCAUUAUUUGGGACUGAUAUGUUUUGCUUAUUAUUUACAAAGCAGCAAGAUAGGUUCUUGUCUCAAUAAGUUACUACUUAUAUGGUAUCACCCUUUUGACAAUUUUACAAAAAACACAGAAAAUGUAAAACGCACUCACUGAGCUGAGGUCCUUGACGGUUUACAGAAAAGUUACUUUAAACUCUAAAUUUAACAGAUUUUUGCGUUUGAGUUUGGAGGUUCCACUUACAUUUUUUUUUUUUUUUUUUUUUUUUUUGUGGUUCCACUUACAAUGUACUUUUUUAAAGGAAAAUCCCAUUUUUUUAAAUUUUGCAUAUCCACAAAACUAAUGUGAGACAAAAACAGGUCUUUCCUUUUCUGUGUG